AUGUGCGACGCUCGAGGAGUUUGCGCUCCGGUCAGGCUCGCGCACUGGGAUCCUAGCCGUCACCAGCACAUAAAAGCGCGGAUAACGGAGAUGAUUCCCCUCACACAGCAACACAAAACGGAGCAAAGUGUACACAGAUGGCAGCGAAGAAGUGUCCUGUCAGUUUCCAGACACCUUUGGAUGUGACGCGCUCCAAGUAGCGGAGUGUACCGUGACAAACAGCAGGUGGGAUUCCACUAAGAGGAGAGCUCGCGCUUGACUUUAUGUUGGACAUGGAACCGGGUCUCGACUGUUUUGGAUACGGUACCGGAGGAACCGCGUCUUCUUGAACGGAGAGCUGUCGACAGUCAGGACACCGACGAGAUGCGCUCCGACCACGGCUUCAUCCUGCUGCUCCUCAACGGGACAGCGUGCUUGCUGACUCUAGGACAGGAAGAUACCCACUUGUCAUCUUCUUCCUUCCCCUCGUCUACGUCAAAGUCCUCCUCCUCAGCAGACUCCUCCGAAACUCUGGGGGUUCUGGGAUCUCAGGGUUCGAUUUCACCCCUGAGUCGCUGGGUGAUGCACAGCCGUGGCCGUGCCACCAACACUUCCACAAUGGAGCUGCCCUAUCGUUCGCCGGUGCCCUUUUCCAAACAGGAAUUUUGGGAAAUGCUGGGCAGUGAUCUCCUCAAAUCAGACACGGAUGCAUCGGGGAACUCACGUGUCAAGCGCCGCCCACCAAUCGUCAAAACUGGCAAAUUUAAGAAGAUGUUCGGCUGGGGCGACUUCUACUCCAACAUCAAGACGGUGCGCCUCAACCUGCUUAUCACGGGUAAGAUAGUGGAUCACGGGAAUGGCACCUUCAGUGUCUACUUCCGUCACAAUUCCACCGGUCAGGGGAACAUCUCAGUGAGCCUGGUACCUCCAGUGAAGGCAGUGGAGUUUGACUUGGAGCGCCAGAGCGUGGUCUACCCUAAAGACUCUAAGAUUUUCAACUGCCGCGUAGACUAUGAGAAGGUGGACCGCAGCAAACGCACCUCGCUCUGCAACUAUGACCCCUCCAAGACCUGCUUCCAGGAGCAGACACAAAGCCACGUGUCCUGGAUCUGCUCCAAACCCUUUAAGGUCAUUUGUAUCUACAUUUCCUUCUACAGCACAGACUACCGACUGGUGCAGAAGGUCUGCCCAGACUAUAAUUACCACAACGAGAUGCCCUACCUACCCUCAGGCUAGAGCGUCGUGGAGCAAUGGACUGGGGCAUGGAGGGCU